AUGAAGCUUCCCGGAUACCUCGUCAAAAUAGGUGUUGCUGGGACUGGUACUGCAAUCCUUUUAAAGGAAGCUUUUCAGUCCUCAAACCGAUCCCUUGAUAUUGCCUUUAUGCCAUCAAGAGGAGAAUAUGGCAUAACAUCAAUAUCACCUUUUGAUGUACAUAGGGGUCUAUUUCCUACCAUUGCUGGGAGAAAAGUGCGUGACUGUAAUUUUGGUGACGAGAGUCUCACUGACAGAGUUCCAAGAUUAUACGUGGGGAGAGCAGGACUCUGCUUUUCUUCCGAUUUCUCCUUUACUCUGGAGAAAAUGAACCGAGCUAACCAUGUUUAG